AUGGGAAAACCGUGUAGAGGUAUCCGAGCCAAUUGGACCUCAGAAAUGAUGGAAGAAGCCCUUCAACUCCUUCAACAAGGACUUUCCCAGAGGGAAGUUGAAAGGCGUUCGGGAAUUCCGCGGCGUACGUUAAGAGCUCAUAUGCAGAGUGGAUCUACAGAAAGAUCACUGGGAAGGAAACCAAUUUUAUCAAAGCAACAGGAGGAAGAUCUAGAAAAUAGAAUAAUCCGACUGGCGGAAGUUGGUAUGCCCUUGACACCUAAAUCACUUCGGAGAAAUAUAUACAGUUUCAUUAAGGCAAACAGAAUUAACUUGAAAAAAAAGAAAAAUAACCAAAUUCUUGGAAAGGAUUGGUUCAGCGCCUUCCAAAAACGUCACCCACGUUUAAGUAAGCGUCGCGCACAGUGUAUGAAUCCAGCAAGAACUCAGAAAUUAAAUCGUUUUAUUGUUAACGAUUAUUUCAGAAAAUUACGGUUCACUCUUGAAAAGAAUAAAAUGUUACAUACACCUGAGCGAAUUUUCAAUAUGGAUGAAAAGGGCUGCCGCUUAACAUUGCAUCAUCAGCAAUCCGUGUUGGUCCUAAAAAGAACCAAAAGAGUUCAUCUUGUAGCCCAAGAACAUGCGGAAAACUCAACUGUUGUGGCAUGCGUUAACGCUUUGGGUAACGCAAUACCACCCAUGAUUCUUUUUAAGGGCAUACGUCAGAAACCUACUUUUCAAGAUGGUCUUCCUGCUGGGUCAGCUGUGUUAAUGAGCCCAAAAGGUAGUAUGACUACCAAACUGUUUUGUAAAUGGCUAGAACAUUUUGCAAAGUACAAACCCACAGGCAAAGUUCUUCUGAUUUUUGAUGGUGCUACGUCGAAUCUUGAUAUGAUGGUUGCACAGAAGGCUGAAGAAUUGGAGAUUCCUCUGUUUUGUUUACCUAGCAAUACCACCCAUGAAUUGCAGCCGCUGGAUCGAGCAGUGUUUAGGUCCUUUGAACAUUUCUGGGACGAGGAGUUGAUGACGUAUUGGGAUCAAACACCAGAUCGUAAGCUGACUAAAGACAGAUUUUCACAUAUCUUUACACCGGUAUGGGAAAAGUGUAUGUCCGUAGCCAACAUUACCAGUGGCUUUAGAGUUACUGGCAUAUACCCUUUCAACCCUCGAGCUAUUCCAGACGUGGCGUAUGCACCGUCUUUGGUAUGUAGGCCUGUUGAAAAUCAAACUUCAUCGACUUCUUUGUUAACUAGUCCUGCUGUCGGCAACCAGGAGUCGUGCAGUUCUGACGAUGACGCGAACAUACCGUUGGCUGUACUUCGUACACGUUUGAUGGGCAACAUAACUCGAAAGAGAGCCGAAGAUCUGCCUGGACCUUCAAAAUCAAAUGAAAAAAAUGCGUUCAGUAAUAUACUGAAAACGCCUGAAUUACCAGAAAAAAAAGUGUACUAG